AUGAAGUCUUUACUCUGCAGACUGCUGUACAGCGCUUCACUGCUGCUGUCUGAUGUCCUGGCGACAUAUCCGCUCAGUGCCGGAGACCCGCAUCUCAUAUCUGCGCAAAGUUACGCACAGACCAGAAACAAUGGCCGACCACCACACAGGACCCUCAAUCCAGCAAAGACAGAAUCUCAGUGCAGGAGCCGCCCUCUGGACCUAGUGUUCAUCAUUGACAGCUCUCGCAGCGUACGUCCUGGUGAAUUUGAGAAGGUCAAGAUAUUCCUGGCCGACAUGGUCGACACACUGGAUGUGGGCUCAGACGCCACCAGAGUGGCUGUGGUCAACUACGCCAGCACGGUCAAGAUUGAGUUCCUGCUCAAAGACCACUUCAACAGACCCGACAUGAAGAAAGCCAUCUCCCGCAUUGAGCCCUUGGCUGCUGGCACCAUGACCGGUCUCGCCAUCAAGACCGCAGUGAACGAAGCCUUCACUGAGCAGUCUGGAGCCCGACCUCGUCCCAAGAAGAUCUCCAAGGUGGCCAUCAUUGUGACAGAUGGGAGACCUCAAGACCAGGUGGAGGAGGUGUCUGCUGCAGCUCGGGCCUCAGGCAUUGAGAUAUAUGCUGUCGGGGUGGACCGUGCUGACAUGCGCUCCUUGCAGCUGAUGGCCAGCAUCCCUCUGGAGGAUCACGUGUUCUACGUGGAGACCUACGGCGUUAUAGAGAAGCUUACUUCUAAGUUCCAGGAGACACUGUGCGGUCUGGACCCCUGUGCCGUGGGACAUGACUGCGAACACAUAUGUGUCAACAGCAAUGCCUCCUAUUAUUGCAAGUGCCGGAAUGGUUAUAUCUUGAAUGCGGACAAAAAAACAUGUUCCCUUAAAGAGGUGAAGGUGGAGAAGGUGGUGGAGGAUCCCUGCAAAUGUGAGGCCAGGCUGGCUUUCCAGAAGCAAACACAGGCAGCCAUCCAGCAGCUCACAGCCAAGAUAGCUGACGUGUCUGGGAGGAUUGAGCAUCUGGAGAACAUGGUGGGCCGUGCUUAA